AUGUCAAACAGUCCUUUUCUUUUCUUUUCUACCGUCUUGCUUGCCUUCCUGUUCAGCAUGGGCGAGGCAACGCAGCCUUACGGGGCAUCGAAUACUUCGCACAUCAACUACACUACCGUCACUGGAUUCUUCCUCCAAGAUGACCCUGCCACGGACCCCAGCAACUUUGACUAUACCAAAGUCAAUCUCGGCCUCAUCAACCGCACCUACCCAACCGACGGGUCCUUCGACCCGUCCGGCAUGAAGACGCAGUGGCAGCGCUUCGCCCACUACGUCGGCGAGCUGAACCGCAACGCGUCGACGAGUGUGCAGUACAAGCUGCUCGUCAUGGGCCGGCACGGCGAGGGCGACCACAACGUCGCCGAGGCCUACUACGGCACCCCCGCCUGGGACUGCUACUGGAGCCUGCUCGACGGCAACGGCACCAGCACCUGGGCCGACGCCCACCUGACGCAGGUCGGCAUCGACCAGGCCCUCGUCGCCAACGCCUUCUGGGCGUCGGCCCUCGAGCCGGACGUCGCCAUCCCCGCGCCCCAGAGCUACUACGUCUCCCCGCUCGCCCGCUGCCUCGCUACUGCCAACUACACCUUCGGCGGCCUCGAGCAGAAGUUGCCGGAGGAUAGGCCGUUUAAGCCUGUUGUUAAGGAGCUGCUGAGGGAGUCGUUGGGUCUGCAUACGUGUGACCGCCGCAGCUCGAAGACGUGGAUCCGAGAGAACUAUCCCGAUUGGGCCAUCGAGCCUGGCUUCAGCGAGGACGACGAGCUGUGGAGCGCGACGCUGCGCGAGUCGUCGACCGCCCAAGUCGCCCGCCUCAAGACGCUGCUCGACGACGUCUUCACCCACGACCCCAACACCUUCAUCUCCCUCACCAGCCACUCGGGCUCCAUCCGCUCCGUCCUGCGCGCCGUCGGCCACCGCGACUUCUCCCUCCUCACCGGCGCCGUCAUCCCCGUCCUCGUCCGCGCCGAGACUCGCCCUGGCCCCGCCCCGCCCACCGUCAUCGACCCGCCUACCACCGCGCCGACGUGCACUGUCGAUCCUACGCCGGCUGCGUCGAGUGGGGCUGUUUAG